AUGGGGAGUUCCAAUCGCCAUUGCUCCAUUUCCUUAGCUGUCCUCUUGGUCUUUGCUUCCCUGCUGCUCAACGCUGAUCUAGGGUCGUGCGGCUGCUUCAAGCGUAUCUUCUCCUUCGGCGACUCCAUCAUUGACACCGGCAACUUCGCAUACACCAUCCGCAACAGACCACCGAGUCCACCCUCGGUGCUUCCUUAUGGAGAGACCUACUUCCACCACCCCACGGGCCGCGCCUCUGACAGGCGUCUCAUCAUCGACUUCUAUGCGCAAGCGUUAGGCCUGCCGCUGCUGCCGCCGAGCUUGCCCGAGGAGAAGACGGGGCAGUUCACCACUGGUGCCAACUUUGCCGUGUUCGGCGCUAUGGCGCUGAACCCGAACUACUUCAAGUCCAGGUAUAACUUGAGUGUACCGUUUCCAUGGAGCCUCAACGAUCAGCUCGCUAGUUUCAACAAAGUGCUCACACGGAUUGCUCCAGGAGAUGCUGCAACAAAGAGGCUCCUGAGCGAGUCCCUGGUCGUCUUUGGUGAGAUUGGGGGCAAUGACUACAACUUUUGGUUCUUUGACUCUGAGCUCAGCAAGGACAGAAACACGCCCCUCCAGUAUAUGCCCGAUAUUAUCGACCGCAUCGGAGCCGGCGUGCAGAAGGUGAUCAACCUCGGCGCCAAGACGAUCCUUGUCCCGGGGAACUUCCCCAUCGGGUGCGUGCCGGUCUACCUUAGUACUCACAAGAGCAAUACAUCUGCCGACUACGACCAGUUCGGCUGCCUCGCGUGGUUCAACGCGUUCUCUCGGAGGCACAACCAGCUGUUGAAGCAGGAGAUCGGCCGGCUCAAGUCCCGGAACCCCAGCGUGAAGAUCAUCUACGCAGACUACUACGGCGCCUUCAUGGAGUUCGUCAAGAAUCCCAACAGGAAUGUCAUCGACAGCCCUCUCGUGGCGUGCUGUGGUGGUAAUGGGCCCUACGGCACCGGCCUUCCGUGCGACCGGAACGCCAAGGUUUGCCGCGACCCAUCAAGGUUCGCCAACUGGGACCAGGUUCACAUGACGGAAAAGGCAUACAGUGUCAUCGCCAGUGGGGUGCUCAAUGGCCCGUAUGCGGACAUCCCUUUGCUCCACGCAUGCUAG